AUGAAUCGUCCGAACGAAGACCACAACAGAGUUCAUUUUCCUAUUCUCUCCUCAGAGCUCACCGCAGCCCUCGGUGCUAUCGAAGACAUGGCAGACGAUACAGAUGCCGCCCUAGACAGCGUCGUUCGCGGCAGUCCGCCUGCCAUAUUCCGUGCUGGUGGGCCAAUGCUAAAGCAGUUUGACGAGUCCACCGCCUCUAGUCGGAAAGGCUCUCAGGCUCCGACUCCCCCACGUUCCGUCGUUGGUAUCGGGAACAAAGUCGCCAAACCAGACUACUCCGAAGCAAAAAUCGUCCUUGCGAUGGUGGGACUGCCUGCCCGUGGCAAAUCCUACCUCAGCAACAAGCUCAUGCGUUAUCUCAAGUGGCUCGAGUAUGACGUACAGGUCUUCAAUGUUGGUCAGCUUCGCCGCUCACGCGCGCACCGCAAAGCCCAGCAAUCUGGAAUUCUCGAAGAUCACACUUCUAGCUACUUCAGCCACAACAACGUAGAAGCCACCAAGCUUCGCGAGCAACUCGCAGAAGACAGCCUCGAGAUGCUCAUUCGAUGGCUGAAAAGGGGCGGCAACGUCGCCAUACACGAUGCAACCAACAGUACCCGUAUGAGACGUGCCAAAAUCUCCGCCCGCGUUGCCAAAGAAAAGGGCAUGUCUGUCAUAUUUCUCGAGUCUGUAUGCAACGAUCCCGCUGUCAUUGCUGCCAACGUUGCCCUUAAGGUCUCCUCCGGCGAUCCGGACUAUAAGGACCUUCCCCGUGAAGUGGCCGAACGCGACUUCCUUCGCCGCAUCAAGGAGUAUGAGGCCGUUUACGAGACCAUCACUGAACCCCACCUUAGCUAUCUGCGGAUCACCGAUAUUGGCAAUGAAGUCACGCUCAGCAGAAUAAAUGGUUACUUGCAAAGCCGCAUUGCCUUUUAUUUAAUGAAUUUGCAUGUGAAGCCACGCAAUAUAUUUCUUUCCAGACACGGGGAGAGCCAGUAUAACGUUGAAGGCAGGAUUGGCGGGGACUCAUUACUUUCAGAACGCGGCCUUGCAUACGCUCACGCGCUCCCCGAGCUCGUGCGAAAUAACAUCGGGGAUGCACCACUUAUUGUCUGGACUUCGACACUUCAACGCACCAUCCAAACCGCUGCGGAACUUCCCUACCCCAAACUCACUUGGAAAUCUCUCGAUGAACUCGAUGCUGGCGUCUGCGACGGUAUGACAUAUGAGGAGAUUGAGCAAGCAUACCCAGAAGAUUUUGCCAACCGUGACGAAGACAAAUUCAACUAUCGUUACCGAGGCGGCGAGUCCUACCGAGAUGUUGUCGUGCGCCUCGAGCCUGUCAUCAUGGAACUUGAGCGGCAGGAAAACAUAUUGAUUUUUGGACAUCAAGCAAUCCUCCGUUGCCUCUACGCGUACUUUCAUGAUCUUCCACAGGCUGAUCUACCUUACAUCAAUGUACCUUUACAUACUGUCAUCAAGCUCACUCCGAAGGCGUAUGGUUGUGAUGAGGAGCGGUAUACUCUCCCUAUCGGUGCUGUCGACACGCACCGCCCCAAACCAGGCUCCACUGUUUCGCUACCCGAUGUAGUAUCAUUAUCGAUGUCAAAGAGGGAAUAUUUUGGGACCAAUGUAUAG